UCGAAACGGACAAGUCGAGUGGCUUGAGACAUAAUCAGCUCAGAAAAAUAAACGUUUUAGCCGAUAUUAUGGGAUGACUUCGCUUCCUUUUCCUUUUAAGCAAGGCGGAAGAUGUGCCCUAACCUAGCUUUAGCUUUAUAAUGGUGGUAGCGAAGGGCAAAGCGUCAAACGAAUCGACAAAGCUAGCCGAAGUUCUCUUUGACGAAUUCUCUACGGCGAGUGAUUCCGUUGAUAUUUUGCUAAGCUUUCACAAACUUAAAGCUGCCGUCGGGGCGGAAAAUGUGGACAACGGUAGAGAGCUUUAUUCUAUAUUAAAAUCUAAGCUUCAGUCGUGGAAAUGUAAAAGUCUUUGGGACGUACUGGACGCGAGAGCGAAACACAAGGAAUACGGGAAUCAAAAAAUUUGCGAAGACCUGCAAGUGUUGGUCAUUGGUUCUGGGCCGAUCGGCUUGAGAACUGCUAUCGAAAUAGCUUUACUCGGUGCCAAAGUUAUUGUAAUUGAAAAACGGACGUGUUUUAGUCGUAAUAAUGUCCUUCAUCUUUGGCCGUUUUUAAUUCCUGAUUUUCGUUCGCUCGGAGCGAAACGAUUUUAUGGCAAAUUCUGUUCGGGCUCUUUGGAUCACAUAGGUUUGUAUUUUUGUACGUAGAUUUAUUAUUGUUUUUAUAUAGCACAUGUCUAGGCCAAUAUAUAAACCUCAGAAUUUUCCGUUUUAUACUAGAUAUUUGUGUCUUAAAACGUAUAAACACGGAAUUAUCCAUAUUUGAAGUGUCUAUUAUACAGUAAUUGUCGCAAAACGCGUUUAUUGUCGAAUUAUGUUUUAAAUUUGGUCAAUAUUUUUAUUUAAAACAUGUAAUUACAUGCUCAAAAUGCUCUUAACGUUUUUUGUAUAUUUGAAUUUCGUGACCUCUCGGCUUUAUGGCUUAAGUUACAUGCUGAAACGAUGAGACUUUUGUAUGUCAACACCGGAUAAAUAGAAAAAUCGGAAAUAAAAAUUUGAUAUCUUUUGACCCUUCAUGCUUGCACUUUAUAACAUUUUGUACAGAAAUUAUAAUCGUGUAUAUUUAUAAUAUAAAGCUGGCCUAGUUUACUGUAAUAUUUUUAAAACUUAAUAUUGUAAUAAAUAAUUUUAUUAAAUAUUAACUUCAUGUAUAUUUUAUUGAACAUUAACUCUGGGUUAUGCUUGAUUUUAUCUGCUUUUGAGUAUUGCAUAUAUUAAUUCAUAAAUUAAUUUUAUCUGAUAAUUUAGCCAUUUUUACACCAGAGACGCAUUAUUUGUCUGGAGGCAUGCGUCUUCUGUAUUAUUUGUCUAGUGUAUUAAAAGAUGGGAUGAAUAAUCUGACAGAUUAUUAGACAAAUAAGCUAUCUUAGUUAUGCGUCUUCAGUAUCAAAACGGGCACAAUACACACAAAUAAGCUAUCUUAGUUAUGCGUCUUCAGUAUCAAAACGGGCACAAUACACAUUAUGUGUCUAGACGAACUAUUAUUAGUUUAUUGUUUAUCGAGUUUCUCACUUAUUGGUGAGCAGAUUUCCCAACAGCCUAUUGUCCAUGCCACUUGAUAGGGGAUUCGAGAUACCUACCAUUUUAACAUCCUUAUCCGAGAAGACGCGAAAGUCUAACCAUUUACUGAAGUCCAAUGUAAAUGUAGCACUUUGUCCUCAAUUAUUUUAAGACCUUGAGUAGAGGUCCAACCAAGGUUGUUUUUGGGAACAUUGUAGACCAUCUGUCCUUCAUAUUGAACUGUAUAUGUGUGUGUGAACUCUAGGUAUUCGUAUGCUACAAUGCAUGUUGAUGAAAGCAGCUCUUAUCCUGGGUGUUCAGAUAUAUACCGGGGUUACGUUUGAGAAAGUGAUUGAACCAACUUCUGAAUGUGGUUGGCGAUGUCAAGUGGAUCCUCCAUUCCACCCUGCCAGCCAGGUGGAUCUAGAUAUGGUUGUCGGAGCAGACGGCAAAAAGAAUGUCCUGCCUAAUUUUCCACAGAUUGAAAUGAGAGGUAGGGGUGUAUUUACUUAUGACCACAUUUUGUUAGCAUAUGAAACCCGGCCUCUACGAAAACGAAAGGGAAAGAAACAAGCUUUAGCAUGGUUAACCAUCAUCAAACUAUUCUAGUCACUCCCUCACUCUUCUUAUACAUACCCAAUUUACCUUAACACCUUGGGUGCCAGUGCUCUACCGUUGAUGAGUAAAAUCGUCUGGCAUUAGAGAGAGUAAAAUAAUUGCGUAGGGCACAUUAGGGUGCAAUACAACUUGAUGGGUUAAUGGGGCAGCAUGUGCUUGAAUGUUUCCUGUUCUUUAACCCAAGGUAGUCUUGCAAUUGGUAUCACUCUCAACCUGGUCUACCAUGGUACAAAACAAGAAGCAGCUAUCCCAGAAAUUAGUGGUCUGGCUUAUCAUUUCAAGCCACAGUUUUUUGACGAACUGUAUCAAACAACUGGUGUGCGUUUGGAAAACUUUGUGUAUUACAAAGGAGAAACGCAUUAUUUUGUUAUGACUGCUGUGAAGAGCAGUUUGCUUGCCAGAGGCGCAUUGUUAAUGGUGGGUAUUGUCCUUACAGUCUUACUGAGGGGUUUAAUGGACAACUUGCAUGUUAGACUAAAUUUUAAUCUAAGCAGAGAGAAGGGAAUCAAACACCACAGCUAAAAAGAACAUAGUGAAAUUAGUAAAAUUACAAAAUUUGGUUGCGAAAUGUUGUAAAGCUUGGAAAAUAUAGCCUUCCAAAGUUUGCAUAUUUUCAGUAUAUUUGUAUUACGAGCCGAAAUUGUUACCAUUUUCGGCUCAAAAAUGCAUGGUAACAAUUUCCGCACGGAAUAUAAAUAUACCGAAAAUAUGCAAACUUUGCAAAGCUAUAUUUUCCAAGCUUUACAACAUUUCGCAACCAAAUUUUGCAAUUUUACUAAUUUUAAUAAGUUCUUAACGGGAGUUUUUUUGCCUAGGUCAAAAAUUUGUCUAUAACAUGCCAGUUUGUCUAUUAUUAGAUGGAAAUUCAGAGCGAAAAGUGUAAAUAUAUAAUAUAUAUAGUUUAGACUUAACCUGUAGCAGUUCUAAACACGACGUUAAUUCAUGUACACACGGCCUAAAAACCUCACAACCUUAAUGUUGUAACAAUGAUGUUAUUCAUCAAGUUGCUACAAGGUUGUCACUCGCAACUUGUUGACAAAUUGUUGAAUUACAGUACGAUAACAAGUUGUUAGGACAACUUGUAACAAGUCUGUUGAGCUCGACAACCUUAUAGCAAGUUGUCAACAAGCUGAGAACAAGCAGGGCGAACACAUCCUGUUGACAAGUUGUUGGAACAGCAUUGCUACACCCGGUUUGUUACAACUUGUGUGUUUUUACGUGUGUAGUAUAUUACGUGAUGCGGCGCAAACGCGGUUAUUUUUUUUAAACCCCAAAAUGUGAAAGUUUGCUAAAAAAUCUUUACUAUGCGGAAACUCUCGUAGGCGUUGAAUAGUUUAGUCAAAUCUUCUUUGUAGUUCAUUCGGAAGCUAAGAUUAUUUAAUUUGUCAUUAGCAAAUUAAACAGUACUGUACGUGAUGGAAAUCGCUCGCUGAUAUUUUGAAGCCAACUUUGUUUUUCUCGCGACUUCAUUUACCACAGGAUUGUCUAGUUUUUGCUAAGUUAUCAACCGUUUUGUUAUGUUUUUAUAGUUCAGUACUGCUUAAAUUCAUUUCGGUCUGUUGAGAAAUUUCUCCCAGGGGAAAGUGCAACCUCGUACCCAGGAUAUUACGUGAUGCGGCGCAAACGCGGUUAUUUUUUUUAAACCCCAAAAUGUGAAAGUUUACUAAAAAAUCUUUACUAUGCGGAAACUCUCGUAGGCGUUGAAUAGUUUAGUCAAAUCUUCUUUGUAGUUCAUUCGAAAGCUAAGAUUAUUUAAUUUGUCAUUAGCAAAUUAAACAGUACUGUACGUGAUGGAAAUAGCUCGCUGAUAUUUUGAAGCCAACUUUGUUUUUCUCGCGACUUCAUUUACCACAGGAUUGUCUAGUUUUUGCUAAGUUAUCAACCGUUUUGUUAUGUUUUUAUAGUUCAGUACUGCUUAAAUUCAUUUCGGUCUGUUGAGAAAUUUCUCCCAGGGGAAAGUGCAACCUCGUACCCAGGAUAUUACGUGAUGCGGCGCAAACGCGGUUAUUUUUUUUAAACCCCAAAAUGUGAAAGUUUACUAAAAAAUCUUUACUAUGCGGAAACUCUCGUAGGCGUUGAAUAGUUUAGUCAAAUCUUCUUUGUAGUUCAUUCGAAAGCUAAGAUUAUUUAAUUUGUCAUUAGCAAAUUAAACAGUACUGUACGUGAUGGAAAUAGCUCGCUGAUAUUUUGAAGCCAACUUUGUUUUUCUCGCGACUUCAUUUACCACAGGAUUGUCUAGUUUUUGCUAAGUUAUCAACCGUUUUGUUAUGUUUUUAUAGUUCAGCACUGCUUAAAUUCAUUUCGGUCUGUUGAGAAAUUCCUCCCAGGGGAAAGUGAACGGUCGUUUUAGACGUCGCGAGUAGUGUAAAUAUGAAGACAACCCUGUCCCUGGAUGAACUUUGUCUCAGUAAAGAAAUAAUUGAACUCGUUUGUUUCUUUUAAACUCGACUGUUCAUUUCGUAUUCAUCGUACUUAUCACACUAGAUAUUUAAGAAAAAAAGAAUUUGGGAUGAAUCCUGUUUCCAAUGAUUUUCUGUCACUCUAGGAUUAUCCAAAGCCUGCAGACUUGCUUGCGUCUCAGAACGUGAAUCAUGAAAGGCUUAUUGAGUAUGCUUUGGAUGCUGUAAAGUUUGGCACAGAGGGAAUGUUGACAGAUGUUGAGUUUGUUAAGAACGAUAGAGGCAAGUCAGACAUCGCUGUGUUUGAUUUUACCUCGCUGAAGAAAGCUGAGCAUGCAGCUAGGAUUGUAGAGAGAAAGGGACAUAGGUUGUUGUUGGCUUUGGUUGGGGAUAGUUUGAUCGAGGUGAGUGAUUGUUUCGUUAUCAUUAUCAUCAUCAACACCAUCAUCAUCAUUAUCACCACCAUCAUAACUGUCACCAUUUCCACCACCACCAUCCUUACCAUCAACACCAUCAUCACCACCAUCAUCAUCAUAACUGCCACCAUUUCCACCACCAUCAGCACCAUCAUCAUCAACACCAUCAUAACUGCCACCAUUUCCACUACCACCAUCAAUACCAUCACUAUCAUUACCAUCAGCAUGAUCAUCACUACCACCAUCAUCAUUACUACCAUCAUCACCACUUCCCCCAGCAUCUUCACUUCAACUAACCACCCUCUCUUAUCUAGCCAUUCUGGCCAACCGGUUCCGGGUGUGCUCGUGGUGUCUUGAGCGCCUUAGACACGGCGUGGAUGCUACGAUCCUUCGCAAUGGAUCGUCCUCCAUUACAAGUCCUAAGCGAGAGAGAAAACAUCUACAAACUACUCUCGGCUACUUCUGUUGGAAACUUACGUAAGAAGUUUGAAGCGUACACAAUCAAUCCAUCCACUCGUUACGUUGAUUUAAAUUUGAAGAGAGUCAAGGAAGUGUAUCAUUUAUAUGACUCGGAUGAUCCUGUGACUGCUGACUUUAGAGUUGCGAGUCCUUCUGGUGUCAGUUCACUCUUAGGUCAGUUCACUUUUCUGUCUAUUCUCAGCACAAUAUAAAACUAUAUUAACUCUCAAGAAAAGUUCAUAUUUUGUAGUUGUUUAAAUAUCAGAUAUAUUUUCGCUCGCUUCUUUGGCGCAAGUAAAUGAAUGUAAUGUUUUGGGGAAUGUAAUGUUUUUGGCGUAAAUAAAUGAAUGUUGGGCUGGCAGCCACUGAGGACUUUUGCUAACGUUAAUAUUUUUCCAUCUAGAAAACACAAAGCGUCGUAUGAGUGUGACCAAAAAAACUGGAAGAAACCGGAGGAAGUCGAGUUCCGAUGAUCUGGAUGAGAAAAAAGGUUAGAAUUUAUAAAAUUUACAAAAAUCUUUACGAAUCGUCGGAAAUCGUUGAAAAUUUUCAACUUUUAACAAUUUUCUGUCCGUGGAAAUUUUUCUUGAGUCGAAAUGGGCCUUUAAUCGGCCCUAGUUAGUAAUAUCAAGUCUUUCUAUUUCACAGGACGAAGCAGAUCGAGGAAAUCCAGUUCCGAUGACCUGGACGAAAAGAAAGGUAUGAAUAUUUUUAUGAACUUUCUUGUAAGACCCAAUCAGAGCAGGCGAACAAGUUUUCAUCCAUGAAACACCUAACCCUGAUAGUAAACAGCAGGGGCCGCGGUUGUUUAAAGUUGGAUUAGCGCUAACCUUCGGUUAAAAUUUAACUUGGUUUAUGUAUUUCUGUACGUCUGUUUAUUUCAAAACUUCAGAGAAGAAAACUGCUACUGUGUCAGACAAGAUUUCUGAAAAAAUAUUUCCAAAUUUAUAAACAAGCUAUUGUGAAGUUUGCUUUGAAUUUUAGGUUAAGUUAAGCUAAACCAACUUUGAGCAACUGGCCCCAUGUUUGAAGGAUAAAUGUAUCCUUUUCCAAACUUCCUGAAAAAAUGAAUUAAACUACGGCAUUUAAUGGUGUAGAACCUACUAGUAUUUAAAACACGUUUCAUUUUUUAGAUACCAAAAGCCGCAAAAAGUCGAUCAAACAAGCAUUACGUCGCAAACACAGUCGUGACACUGACAGCGAACUAAAUGACGUCACACCUAACUCUAAAACCAAGACCAAGAACAAAAAGCUGCACAGUCAAUCUUCCGAGUCAGCGGAUGAGAAAGAGGUGCGCAGCCGCAGACAACGGAAACUAGGACGAACUAAAUCACGUGAUACAGACGGAAGUAACAAUAGCUUGGAUACCAUCACUGAAAGUCCAAAAAGAGUCGCGAAACACAAAGAAAACGCUGAAAAUAAGGAAAAUAGUGUGCUGAUGAAACAGCGCUCGACCAAACGAUGGCGUUUGUUUGGGGGAACAAAACCAAAACUCCGUUCGUUUGAUAAAGAUACGAAGUCCAACUCCAAUGAAAAUUUGGCGGGCAAGAAAGAAGAUGGGAAAAAGUUGAAGAAAGAUGUGGAAGCGCAACCGUUGAAAAAUGGAAGUGUAGCAUUGAAAGAAAGGGGAGCAGUACCCGAGAAUCGGGCUGAGAAGGGAGUGCCUGGUAGUCAGGCUAAGAAACAAGUACCCGAGAAUCGGGCUGAGAAGGGAGUGCCUGGUAGUCAGGCUAAGAAACAAGUGCCUGAGAAUCGGGCUGAGAAGGGAGUGUUUGAUAGUCGGGCUAAGAAACAAGUGCCUGAGAAUCGGGCUGAGAAAGGAUUAUCACAAACGAAUGAACACCCUAAAAAUGGGUUGGCAAGGAGUACCUCAAAAGAUGCCACAGCACUCUCUGACCGUAAGACGCGAACUGGAGUGACUCCCAUUAAAGAACCGCAUACGAAAGCAACGCUAAGGAAAGUUAACAGCCAAGAAUCCAGUCCUAAGCCAUUACGUAAUUCUCUUAGAAAACCAAGUGAGCUUUGUGCAACCAAAGAUACUGGCUUUACACGAAGUAUUAGUAGUAGUCCUGCCCCUAGUCCUAGAGUUGGUCAGAUGAAACGUACUAACAGUGAUAUUAAACAAACUGAGAGAGUUUUUACAAGCUUAAGACGAGCGAGAGAGGAGAAGAGAGCUGAAGAGAAGAUGGAGCUUGAUGAGGCUACAAGUACGAGAGUCACGAAGGAAGAGACUGGUGCCGAGAAAGAAAAUAAAAGAGCAAAGUUGGAUAUUAAGAGUAGCUCGGUGUUUGACGACUUUAAAAGGUUGGUGGAUUUCUUACUGCACAGAAAAUUAUGGUCUAUUUAACUAUUGAAACUUAUACUGUACGAGCACGACAAUUGAUGAUUCCCCAUAUUACGUUUUCGUAGCGCUAUGCAUUAUGGUUAUAGUGGUAUCACUGAUAAAGAUAGUGACAUCGAAUGAAAAUAUUGAAUGUUUUGGCGAAUAUUUUGCUGUUGGCUAUCGCGCACCUGACCCUAGCUUUCUUUAAACGUUCUUGCACGGGUCAGGACAAAAAUAAGCCAUCUUGAAUAUCAGUGAUGCCACUAUAACCACAAUGCAAAGCGCUACGAAAACGUAAUAAGGGGAAUCUAGUAUUAAACUACAUCUCUUAAUUAUAUAUAUAUAUUUGUCACCAAAUACAAGGCUACUCCAUAUAAUGAAGAAUUAACAUCAUUUUCUAAUGUUGACCAUCAUUUGCUGCAUGAUAAUGCUUAUCGUGAAAGCUCCGUACAGCUAAACCUUUUCCCCAGGGUCGUCCAGGGGCGCACAUUAGGGGGGUGUGGGGGGGUGUGACACCCCCCAUGUUUUGUGAAAUAUAUCUAAAAAGUCGGUCCCGAAACUUGUAUGGGACGAAAAAAAGUCGGUCCGGCUAAAAUCUGAAAGACAUCAUUUUGUGUCGAAAAAAGAAAUAGGUGGACAUUUUGGAAAUGGAAUCUAACAAAAUUAGGCGACUUUUUGUGGUUGUAACUUUUCUUCCAACCUCGUCCUAAAAUACGUGAAAUAGCGUUCUAAUGAACCUAGAAAUUCAAAAUUUUUCUCGCGCCUUCGGCGCUCGCACUCGAAAUCCAUAAAAAAUUUUGGCCCCCCGAAAGUUUAGAGCAGAAGUUCUGAAAAACUAAACGUUUAUUUAAACUCUUGGAAUUCUAUCCCUGUCUAUGAGUCCAUCCGCAAUUUUGGAGGAGUCUACGUUCUAAUAAAUCGAAGAGAGGUUACCGAGGUAUGUGGCAGUGUAUAGCAUUUAUACACAUUUAGAUAACCGAUUACAUCCGCAUCGAGUGAACACGCAGCUUUUCGAGUUUGAAGCUUAAAUUGAUUAAGACUGCCAUUCGUUCAGUCAUGAAAGAAAAAAGUCUAAGGGAUCUAAUCACUCUUGGAUAUGAAAAGGAUCUCACGGAUACAAUAUAAUGGACCCAGACACUGUUGUUGAUCGUUGGGCCGAGCUGCCAAAACAGAGCGCCUUAUUUGUGUGAAGUAAUUCCGAUUGUCAUUUUUCGAUCAAAUAAGCUGUGCAGGUGAACCAUUAAAAAACUGAUUUGACUGCCUGAAAUCUAUUGCUAAUUGCUAUAACUUUCUAAGCAAUUUGAGUUGUCAGAUAUUUAAUACUCUUAGUUGAAUAUCAUGUGGGCACGCACUAUAGAUUUAUUUUGAACCAUUAUUGUCUAUAUUUGAGCUCUUGACUUUAAUAAUGUACUAUUCUUUAAUAAUGUACUGUGGGCUUGUGGCUAAUAUACUGGCUAUAAAUUCCAUUUAGAACAACAGGUUAAUUUCUAACGGUCUACUUUUUGACACCCCUGUAUGAUAUUUUUUUACAUAGUUACUCGACUUUGUGCAAUAACCACAGGGGUCACAUGUCAUGCAGACCUUUAUCAUUUAGUCUGUGACAAACUGCAAAGAAUGAAGAUAUUACCAUGGAUAAUAAAGUACAUGUUAUUUUACAAUCCAUGGUAUUACCCACACUUUCCUGCAACUUAUUCAACAUAUAAUAGUUAAUUAAAUACGCUUUCGGCCAUUUAGUACUACUAUAAAUUGUAAAUUUCGACAUGCUAAAACGCUUUUUUCUGACUAUCAGAAUUCUGUUAAAUCUUCCCCAAAGUCCAGGAAAUGGCAUUGCAGGGACUCUAAAUUUAAAAAUUUCCUCGGGCCUCGGCCCUCGCUUUCAGCCUCUCCCCCCCCCAAAUCGAAAAGAGUUUCCUACGGCCCUGUACCAUACGUCCAUGCAACUCUUAAAUUUUAUAUUAAUUGUAUUUAUAACAAGACUGUGACAUUAAUUAAACCGAAUUUUCACCGGUUCACCGUUCACGAGUACUGUGCACACCUUAAAAUAGUUGGCUUUUCUUAUCAAACACAAAUACUACAAAAGUCGGUCCCGGAAAAUAGGACACCCCCCCAAAUUUUUUUUGAAUGUGCGCCCCUGGGGUCGUCUAUUCUUUGUAUAUCUGCGUCACGUCCAUCUUCGGUGGCGCAGUUGUCACAGCAAGCGCCUUUCACCUCUGAGUUCGUGGGUUUGAUUCUCGUUAUGGACUCAUAUGAAAAGAGUCAAUCAACGCUCUGCCGAAAGUCGUGGUUUUCUCCGGGUGCUCUGGUUUCCUCCCACAGGGAAAGUUGAUAGGGUGGGUUGGGAUAAACACAGUUAAGAAAGCAAUAUCACAAUUAUUGUAAAGAUAAAUAGUCUAGGCUAAGUAUGUAAUAGACCUUACCAAUUAUUCUCUUUUAUACCCAAUGGCCUCGUUUCCAUGUUAACUUAUUUUAGCAUGUCAGGGGCAGAUAAAGAUUAUAUUCCCAUGUUUUCCUGGACGAAUUUGUUUCUUGCUGUUCUUAGGCUCAAUAGCAAAGUAAUUUUCAACCCUACUAAGCACAAAACACGAGUAAGUAUUUGACACGAAAACGAGGCCAUUGGGUGAAAAGAGAAUAAUCAGUAAGGUAUAUUGUAAGCGUAAUAGGUGAUGUAAUCGGUAACUGAAAAGCCAUAAUGGGGGCUGAAUAAUACUGUAAUUUCGUUUUUAUUUGCAGUCUGUCACCAGCUGCGCAAAGAACUGCGCCAUUAUUGAAGACACUCACACCAGACAAGAAAGAUCUGAAAUACCAUGACGGAGGAGCGGUCACUGCGGCUGCUGGCAUUGCCGCCAUGUUGGCUUUAACCACACCACUUGCAAUGGACGGACAACAAACGCUCAAGGAAUUCCAACUUGAACGACAAAAGGUAAAAUAUGGACUGCGUAUACUUUAUUGCCGGAACUGCCUGAAAAUGAUUUAUAAAACUUUGUCGAAGGAGACCUCUUCGUAGGAAGGUUACAAAGUGCUUUUGUUGAUGACAAAGUGCUUUUGUUCGAAACAUAUUUUUAAUUUUUUGACCUAGUUCAGAGACAAACCACUGCAGCUUAUUGUAGAAUGCUGUGCUUAUUUUUAUGUUUUAACUUCUUUUAGAUUCUGGCAAACAGUCAAGUGAGUGUGAAAGAAAAAAUUGCUUUUCUAAACUCUACCAGCAGUAGUAACUUGAAAAGUCGAAGAGAUUUGAUUUCAGCGUUAGACAGGCAAGUAUAUACUAGUGGCUUUUAUCUCAAACCUAAACUAAAUUAUACGAAAUAAUGGAUAGCUAUAUCAGCUUCAAAUUGAUGUUCAUGGAAGUCCAGCAAUGGUUGUCCCUUAAUUAUUGAUGAUCCAGAGUUACUACAAGUGGAGAAUUGGAAGCACUCUUCACGAAGUUGAGGUGAAACUAUAUAAUCCGGCAACUUUACAUUUUGCAAAAUUAAUCGAAGCCCGAUCACCAACUGAUCUGGUCAGAUGUGAAAGGGACCUACACUAACCACUGUGUAUCAAUAAAAUUAUUUAAACAUUUAAUUUUUUAUCUAGUGCGGAUGGAAGUCCUAAGCCAGUCAAACGUUUCUUCUCAUUUUCAACUGCUCAGAGAAAUGUGAAGCAAAAGCUUCAAGAUGAUUCACACAAAUCAAAUACCUUACCCAGGGUAUGUUCUUGUUGCUCUUUUCAACAAAUAGUAUGUUAGGUAUUUUAUCUGUUUCGCUUCUACAUGCUGUCUGAAGUUCAAGGGUCGGUUGUUCAAAAGCCGGUCGCUCGAGUGUUUUAUAUUUUCUUUCUAGAAAGUAUUUUCUCGUCAAAGUCUGCAGGAGAAAGUCUUCUCAGCUUAUAAUGCGGACAUUCCGUCAGCUCUGGAUUCCGCCAUCAACAUUCUUAUCAAGUCCUACAGUUUUAAUGAAAUACAGGGAACUCUCAAAAUCAUGCUUAAUAUCUUCAGGUGAAUAUUGUCAAUAUUUCUUGCUAAGGAGUGGUUUUUUAUUUAUUUAUUUAUUUAUUUAUUUAUUAUUGUCUUUAUUAGGGUCCACUACAGUAUAUGUACAAAGUCUAAUUAUAAAGUCAAUUAUUCGGAGACCCUAAAUGGGCGAGGCGCAAACGGGACUCGAAGAACCAUGCAAGGCACCUGCCCAAACUUAGUAAAAAUUUACCUUAUGAGUGCAUGUCAGUGAAUAUUGCAAACUACUAGAUGGUGUUCAACUUCGGAAAUGUUCACACUUUUGGGAGCAAGAAAAUUAAGUCAAAUUUGUCGGACUUCAGAUACAAGACUAUUAUAUAAUGAAAAGAAUUUAGCGUUAUUCUCUCACUCUUAGAACUGUGACAAUAUAUGUAGUAGUCUUGUAUUUGGUGGGAAGUAAAUGAAAGUGACAAAAUAUCACUUACUCGAACCGACUUGACCUCGUAGCUCAGUUGGCAGAGCAUUGAACCAGUAUCCCAAAGGUCGCGGGUUCCAUUCCCACCAUGAUCAGGCAAACUUUUCAGCUUGCCCAGUGUGGACGCACACUCAGAGUAACAUCACAAACAUCAUAUUCACUUGAGUACAUAACACCAACACACACAAAAAAAGUUUAAUUUCUUCCUCAUAUAAGUGUGAACAAGUUCACCACCUACCAUCUGUUGCUUUAAAUACACCUAGCAAUAUGCUCCUUUCUUCUCAUAUUUGUCCUCCCAAUAUAGAUGUAUCUCCAAAGAUCCCGACGAUGAGACACCUCGCAGAAUAUUCACAGAUGGUCAAUUAUUUCGCUCUCUUGUCUGGGAUUUGAAUGAAGCGAAAUUGUUCAUGGUUGUCAGCGGUUGGAUGGAGGUGGGGUACCCUCUACCUGCUAACCAUCGUUUCUUGCAGCUCAGACGAGUAGAAUUUGUAGUCUUGUAGAAUUUGUGUACCACGUAUAGUGUUCUGUUCUCUGAAUUGUUACCAAUUUGUAUCUGACAUUUUCAUGAAUUUUUCUUCAGAUCGGUAGUUUUAUAAUCUUAUCAAAAACGAAGACUGUUCAUGAACCGAUUAGAGUGUUGAUGCAAAAUUACAGGUAUAUUUCAUGUGUGUGUUGUUGCAUUUUGUGUUGCUUUGGAUUUUGUUAUUCUCUAUGGUUAUUUUGUUACAAUAUUUACGAUUGUUAGUAAAAUUAUUAAUAAACUCAUGAAUAGAGUCAGAAUAUAUUCGUGUCUCAGAUUUGACCACCAUCAGGAAACGUGGUACGUUAUGAAACAGUGUUUCCUGGCUUGGCUUAAUUUUGGUUCCUCAUCUUAUCUUGUAUGUUGUAGACAACUCUGGGAAAAACAGGCACUCGAUACAUCAUGUCCACAAUUCGUGCCUCCAGAAAGCGCCGUCAAACACCGUCGUCGUCUGAGUGACGACGUUUUCCGGGACCAUAUCGAGCAUGCGAGGGACGAUGGGAAGGAUUCGGGGUCACACUCGGGCUCAGACUCCGGUAUGGGAUUCUCUGAGACCGCUUCAGAACAUAAUCUUCCCGCUGUGAUACCCAUUGAAAAUGACGUCACCGGUGGCGUAGCUGCUGAUGUCGUCACCACCAAGCGUACCUCGCAAGUUCUGGAUCCUAGGAUGUAUUUAGAAGCAUCAUAUGCCCAGGGUGAAUCAGACCGGGAUUUAAAUCCCUCAGACUAUCUCAACCAAUCAACUGCUAUCCCUGAACAUUCCACUAAAAACACACCCAUACCUGAGAAUCCCAAAGUGUACCAGAAUAAACCCGAAUCAUCCCAAGAUCAGCCAAGUAAACCCUCAACAUCCAAAGAUCAUCCCAGUAAAAGCUUGAAAAAACACUAUUGGGAGAUACUUGAGGAACCAACUAAUAUCCCUCAAUCACCCGAAGGGAUCCAAUAUGCACCUUCUCCCCAAAAACGGGCAACCCUAGUUGAUCAAAAGAGAUUAAGUUUUCGUGGCAGUAAAAAGGUAGCUUCAAUUAUGCCAAUGGACGAGUCGUUUAUGGAUAAUGAUCCUGAUGUACCUAUAGAGAAUCCUAGUGGCCCUAAUAGUCCCGGUAACGACGAUCCAUAUUCCAAACCUUCUGACUCUGAGGUAAUGUAACAAGUUUCUUUUCUUGACCAGCGUAAUUAAUUGCAUAUUUGGUCAGGAUUGUUUUUUCUUUGAUAUUUGUUAGUUUUACUUGUAUUUUUGAGGUCGUUGAACCCUAGCCUGCGAACAGUCUCCUUGAAUUGAAUUAGACAAUUUAAAGAGCCUGUUCGCAGGCUGUUGAAUUCCUCCACCGAGCUCAGCCAAUCAGCCUUAGAUGUAAGUUGCUGUAUUAUUUCUUUUUAAAGGUGUUGGAUUUGACUCAUUUUGAAAUAUUUUCAGGUCUCAACUCAAGAAGAAAGCCAAGAUACAAAAACAUCCAGAAAACAACGCACUCAGAGCAAAAGAAGGAACGAACUGGACGAUUUAUUCGAGACGUUGGAUUUUGUCUCGGAAGCACUCGAACCGCCACGAGUGGUGUACGAAAAUAAGGCGACGGUCGACGAACAUAAGCCGAAGAAGAGCAGAGGUGCACCGAAGACAACCGAAGCAAGUCGUCGCCGUGAAGAAUAUACGCGCUCAAAAUUGCAAGGAAGUUCGACAGAGGAGUCGACAACAAAACGAACAACACGAAGCCAGGCUGUUAAGGAGAGACAGUUACCUAGGGGAACAUCAGUGGGUAAUAAUGGUCAGCAGGGUACACUAAGGCAGCAACAAGCUACAGCAAGGGAUAGAAAAACGGGAACGAGGAGGCAACAAAGUGAGGUUGGUGAGAAACCAGAUACUACACGAAGUAAACAACGUCGUAAUCGUACCGCUGAUCAAAGUACCAAUGAGGGUUUGCGCAGAUCACGAAGAAUUGCUGAAUCAUCAAAUCGUAAGGCCGUGAUAGUCCUGGACGCUAGUGGUUCUCCAGAGGAAAGCUCAGCUGAUCUCAAUCAGGCUUUUGUUGAUUCCACUUUGAAUGAAAGCAAGCAAGAAGCUAUCGUAGAAAAUGGCGGUGUUGAUCACGAGAAAAGCGCAGGCCGGAAGAAAAAAGUCCGUAGACAGUCGUCUAUUGUGAAAUCUAACAAAUCACGUAUGCGUACCAAACGCACUGGCUUUAAAUCACGCAAGGAUCGUUCCAUUGACACGUGAUUAUUAGUCACGUGAUCAGUGAUCAUAAGUCACGUGAUCAUUGAUGAUUAGUCACGUGAUUAUUACGACUUUGUGAUGGGUGGUUUUGCAACAACAGGUGGUGGUCAAUUUCAGAAAUGCUUUUUUAGGGUAAACUAUUUUUUUGCUGGAGUCUACGGUAUAUACUGAGGAAAAUUAUUUUCUCACUCUGAUAACUACAGGCGUUGACCACCAUCUGACCAAUAGUGAUUAAUGUAGUUGUUGUGUUUUAUAUAUUAACAAGAAUGAAUAUAUUUUGAUAAAUAUUGAGAAUUUAGAAUGAUGUGUAAAUAAUUUGAUAAAAAGAAAGUUUUCGUUUAGGAACUUUGGUAUAAUUUGUAGACAUUUUAUAGAGUUUAAAAGUGGUAAAAAUUUAUAUAAAAUCAUAUAUAAAAUAUGUAAAGUUAUGUCUUCAUAUAAUAUUUAGACAUACAUUAGUAUGAUAAGAGUUUGAUAAUUGAUGUUUUAGAGUUUAGAGGCUGCAAAAAUAUAUAUUAUAAAUAUAAUAAAUAAUACCAUGCAGUAAUCUAGCCUGCGUUGUCGUAAGUGAGUUGUGUGGCUUGAUUUACACAGUACAACCCAAGUUGUAGACAGUUUGCAUCUCUGGGUUGCAUGCAACAGUUUUAGGCAAAAGUUGUAUAGUGUAAAUUGGCCUUAAAUCUGGAAUAUACUUGUUGCC